GGCUCGUCAAGGAACUCGACUCAUCCGAGCGUGUGGACUCUGGACUGCAACAUAGUUCGAUGUGAGCGCGAAUAGCGAUUAAAAACUGUCGAUACAAGCCUCGUUUCAAACGGACUCCUGAAACACUAGCCAGUGUAAACACUGUGGCAUGGGAAACGGAAUAAAUAAGGUUCUGCCAGACCUGUACUUGGGUAAUUUCAAAGAUGCCAGAGACAGGGAGCAAUUAGCCAGAAACAACAUCACACACAUCCUCUCCAUCCAUGACACCGCUGCGCCCAUGUUACAGGAGAUGACUUAUCUUUGUAUCCCAGCAGCAGAUUCACCCACGCAAAACCUAAUUCAGCAUUUUAAGCAGAGUAUUAAGUUCAUGCACGACUCCCGACUGAAAGGCGAGGGCUGUCUGGUUCACUGUCUGGCCGGCGUGUCGCGUAGCGUGACCCUGGUGGUGGCGUACGUCAUGACCGUCACGACUCUGGGAUGGCGGGAGGCUCUGGCUGCGGUGAAGGUGGCGAGACCUUGUGCUUCACCCAACAUGGGCUUCCAGAAUCAGCUGCAGGAGUUUGAGACCAACCAUCUACAGCAGUUCAGAGAAUGGCUGAAGGAGGAGUACAAGGAAAACACCUUUAAUGAUGAGGAGGACGUCCAUAACCUGUUGGCACAGAUUCCCAGCGUCUCGGCACAGGAGAACGAGGACUUUGAGUAAAACUGAUACAUCAGACAAACCAUUCCUCAGAGACUCGUGUCGUGAUGACUGUUAUCUGGGAUAAGAAACGUCAUCAUGCGACACGGGAUUGUUUGUGUUAUGGCACAGCACUGUUUAUUAACUUAUGGACACUUUUUGUAAAUAAGACAUAUUCAAGGUUUUAAUGUUUACUACUGAUGCCAUGUUAAAAGCACAUUUGCAUUUUGUUGUUCGGUCUUUACAGCUGUAUUAUAAAAACUGAUUUAUACUAG